AGCUGGUAAACCUCAAGACUGACCACGUUGUCAUUCAAUUAUUGCUUCUUGUCAAGUCUUGCUCAACUCGCAUGCCUAAACUCACUGUUCAUACUUUUGGCACAGCUCCUGUAGAUAUUUAUUAUGAAACAUAUGGCAGCGGACUACAUCAUGUUUUAUUUGUCAAUGGAAUGAGUAGUAUCGCACAUUUAUGGGAUUUGCAGAUUGAAUACUUUUUACAGUUUCCAGAGUAUUCUUUGUGUAUAUUUGAUAACAGAGGAUCUGGAUUUUCAUCAUCACCAAUUGGUAGAUAUACUACAAGCAUGAUGGCCAAGGACACGUUUGAGCUGAUAAGACAUUUAGGAUGGCUGGAUAGUGUUCAUAUUGUUGCGCUAUCAAUGGGUGGUAUGAUUGCACAAGAGCUGGCGCUAAUGCUCGGGGAUGCUGUCAAAAGUCUAUGUUUGGUUAGCACGUAUUGCAAACCUACAGGAAUAUUGAUUCAACCACCAUCAUUUAAAGAAAUGCUGCAAUUUAUAACUCCUAAAUAUCCAACCUUGGAAUCCUACGCCGAGAUGACUGUCUGCAUGCUCUUUCCAGAGACAUGGCUAAACUCUCCGUGUAUCAGAGAUAUCUCGCAUGUAACCAAUCGAUCCUAUGCUGUCAAGUAUUUUUUGGACCGAUUGGCAGUUACUGGAUUUCAGACAGCAGUAGGUCGCACUGCUCAACAUGCAGCCGUUCUUUCACAUUUCUUUGACGAGAGAUUGUCACAACUCAGUAAACACACCUAUCCAAUCUUGGUCAUGGCAGGCGACCAAGAUCAGAUUGUACGACAGCCUACCAGCUCUGAAUACCUUGCUGAACGACUCAAUGCGCGUAUGAAGAUCUAUUUUGGAGGUGGUCAUGCGUUGAGACUACAAGACCCUGAAUGGCAUAAUAAGCAUGUACAUGAAAAUAUCAAGCUUGGAAUCAAAGCACAGAUUGAUGAAUCUACCAAUAGAUAAUAAACUGGCUCCAAAAGUUUAAACC